AUGGGACUUUUAAUAUAUAAUCGAUGUAAUUUGUCGACUGAAAAAAAGAUUGCUUAAAAGCAACUUAUAAAGUCGAUAUUUCUUAAAAUAAAAUAUUUUAUUUAUGAUGAAAAUCUUAUUGAUAUCGAUAAAUAUAAAUUCAAUCAAUCAGACAUUACAAAUCUAUCUGGGGCUUCCCUAUUUUCAUAUCGAUUAGAAAAUUAAUAAUUAUAAUAGGAAGUGAAAAAGGAAUUUAAAAUUAAGUGCUACUCUAAUAAUUAUAAUGAUUAAGGAUCUCAUAUUUUUAAUUCAAAACCAUUAGUAUUUGAUAGUUUUAGCGGUUUCCUGGAGAUUUUUUAAAAAGAAUCCAAAGAAAUGUAGAAUAAAAUCAUUUUUGUUUCUGAAUUAGAUAUUUCAACAAAAUAAAAGUAAAAAUGGAGAAUUUAUGUAUAAUAAUUUAAGACUUUAGGAAAAAACUAUAAUUUGAUUGGAAUGAUUCCUUAAGAAGAUAAUUUAUUUUAUAAAAAGAACAAGAUUAUAAAUAAAUUUAAACUUUGUUUAUCCAAAAUAUUUAAACAUAAACUAAAAACUCCUUUAAACGCAACUCUUGGAAUUUUGUAAACUGUUAUAUAAGAAAAUCUUAUUGUAGAUGAACAAAUAUUGCAAAACUUUUUAAAACCUGCUUUUAUUAACUCUAAGAUUUAAUAUUAUUAAUUUCAAGAUAUUUUAGAAUACGUAAAUUAAGAAGAUUUACUUCAAUUUCAAAUUAAAAAAGUUAACUUGCAUAAAACCCUAAGUUUAAUUUAUGAUUUAAUAGAAUAGCAAUGCAGAGCAAAACAUAUAUAAAUAGAAUUUACAAUAAAUGCUAAACCAUUUAAUAUUAUGGAGAAGUAAUUACUGAUGUUAUUUAUAGACAUAUAUAUUUAUAAACAGAUCAACAGAGAUUGGAAAGAAUUCUUUUUAAUUUAUUAAAUAAGUCGUAUAGACACACGUAAAUACAUGGAAAGAUUUGUCUUAAUAUUGAAAUAGAUUCUGAAUUGAAUUAAGUAUAAUUUAAGAUAAAUGACAAUAAUUUUGGAUUCACAUAAGAAUAAAUAGAUUUAAUUAAUUUAUAUGCAUAAUAAUAAAAUUAAUCUAUUUCUAGAUUUAGAUACUCAAUAGCAAAGUAAUAAAAGUUCAAAUUUAGUUUAACAUUACAAAUCACAAAUAAAUUGAUAUUUUUCCUAAGUGAUAUGUAAUGUUCACUUUAAGUUAGAAAUAACAUUGAAGAAGGUGCUAGUUAUAAUUUCUUUAUUAAUAUAAAUUGUUAAUAAGGAAGUUUUGAAUAGACAAUGGAUUUAUAAAUAUUUAAUUAGAAUUAUCAAACUAGAAAUACUUUAACAACAAAAUUUCCAGUAAAUAGUUAUCAUUUUAUUAAUUAUAAUCGUAGUUAACAUUAGAUUAGGUAUUAUUUAUAUGUAAAAUUAGUCGAGAAAAAAUGAUUGAGGGAUAAUCAAUUGAUUAAGAGCCUUGUGCAAAAAAACCAUUUUUUUUGAAUACUUAAAAUCAAUUAUAAUCAUCAUAAAUUCAAGUUUAAAAAGCAUAAGAAGCUUAAAAAAGCAUAAUAUAAUAUUAAAAGAAUAUAUAUUAGAAAGAAAUAUUAGAAAAAUCUUUGACUUAUUCUUUAGCAUUUGAAAAAUCUCUAAACAUGAAAAGAAUUGCAGAUUCAAUAGAUUUUAGAUAAGAUUUUAAUUAAACUAUAAUGUUAAUAGAUGAUGAACCAUUUAAUCAUGAUACAUUAAAAUUAAUGUUAAAAAGUCUUGGGUUCAAAAAUUUUAUAAGUGGAUAUAAUGGUUAAUAAUGUAUAGAAUUAGUGGAAAAGCAUCAUUCUUAAAUAAAUAUAAUUUUUAUGGAUUUAGAUAUGCCAAUAAUGGGAGGAAUAAGAGUAAAAAUUCAUUAUAUUUUUAAGGCAACUAAAAUUUUGAUUGAAUUAAUUUAAUAAAAUGAAAUUAACUAUAUACCAAUUGUUGCUUGUACUGCUCAUGAUGAUAUUAAAACCUAAUAAGAAUGUAUUGAAGCAGGUAUGCUAUGUGUUAUUGCAAAACCAGUAUUUUUAAGAAGUUUAUAAGAAGCAUUUAUGAAAGUAAAUGAAAUUAAGUUCAGAACAUCAAAUCUUUUAGCUGGAUCCAAAGUUAUAUCGUCAAGUAUAAAAUGA